CCUCUCUAUGCCAUACAAACCUCUAGUUAAUACGCCUUGCACGCAUUUAUUGAAUUAAACCAUUUAAUAUUAAAUAGUGUCACAUCAUGUCCCUUAAAGUGACACUUGGUUUGUUUGUGGUCUAUCUCACCCUUGCUAACGGUGCCAGCAUUUUAGACUUCCUGGAUUGGGAUGGUGAUAAGAAGUUGAUCGAUGUACCGGAGCUUCGCAAUGAUCAGCCGAACAGGAACUGUUUGUGCAAAGGUCCCGCCUGCGUUUGCUGUGUGGACUUCAAUAUCACCUUUGUUGAUCUUGGUGGACCAGGUUGCGUUCAUAUGAAAUAUGUGUCGCCGGAAGAAGGAUUUUCGGUGAAUGUAUCUUACGGCAAAAAUCUUCUGCAUACUUCUAAAAUUCAAGGAGCCAACCCAGCACCGAUAUGCCUCGAGGUCUUCGGUAAAUUCGCACAAGUCUGCGCCAAGUUUAACGACCUUGCUCCCACGGCAGAUGGUCUUCGUGGUUGUCUUGAGCUUGAACCCAGAUUACUUGGAGAAGCCCAAUUGGAGUUCCCGAUUGGUUGCUUUAAAUCUACUGCCGACGGGAUGGAAAUGGAGGAUCCUCCCGCGGAACCAGAAGAGACGACAGAAGAAAACACAGCCGAAGAAAGCACGUUCGAUGUAGGAUUCCUAACUGACUUAGUCAUAACCGCUGAAAAGGGUAUCGCAUUCCUAAGCAACUUCCUCGAGAUCCCCAAGAAAACAAAUGAAACUACAACUGUCAAACCUGUCACCAGCACACCCCAGGAUAGUUCUCAAAGAAGGGCUCCAAAGAAUAUCAAACACCCUAACCAGUUGUGAUAGUUCCUAUUCCUAAAUAGUAUACCUAUAGGUUUAAGUACAAAAAGGCAUUUCGUAGUUAAGCUAUAGCUUGCCAUCGUGUUAUGCUCUCUUUUGAAAAAAGUAGGCGCUGAAUCUUCUCCUAUUUAUUUGCUUUAAUAAUGAUCUAGUUGUACACGUAUAAUGUAUUAUUAAGUGUUGAUUAAUAAAUUAGUAUAGCGAGUU